CUGAAGAGGGAAGUGUUUAGAAUMAAAUCGUCCUUCAAUAAAGGAAUCUAUGCCAGGAGUCUGUUUCUCUGUGUAUUUAGUAGUAGAUUAAACACCUUUAUGGCUGAAAAAGAUCGUUGUUUAGGCGUAGUUGGUCGUUCUGUUCGCUCUGACAGUUUCCACCAACAAAGUGUUCAACUACUUGAUGCAGUGAAGAAGACGAUUCCUCCUCUCGUWGAGAAUUCCCACAAAGGUGAAUCUGGUCGAGUUGGCGUGAUUGGMGGAAGUCAAGAGUAUACUGGUGCACCUUAUUUUGCUGCCAUAUCAGCUUUGAAAACGGGUGCAGACCUUUCUCAUGUCUUCUGCCCAGCUGAUGCAGCUACAGUUAUUAAAUCUUACAGUCCUGAACUUAUUGUGCAUCCUUUGUUAGAUAGAAAGCAUGCAGUAAAUGAAGUUUCUGAGUGGCUCACAAGGUUACAUAGUUUAGUGGUUGGUCCAGGGUUGGGAAGAAAUCCAGCGAUUAUUGACAAUGCAAAGGCUUUGAUUGAAAAAGCAAGAAAACAAGGAAAGCACUUAGUUAUUGAUGCUGAUGGUUUAUUUAUAGUCACAACUUAUCCAGAUCUCAUCAGAAACUACACCAGAGUCAUUCUUACUCCUAAUGCUGUGGAGUUUGCAAGGUUAUAUUCUGCAGUGAUGGGACAAAGUAGUGAACAGGGCGGGGAUCUUCAAACACAAGUYGUCAAUCUCAGUAAAACACUUGGUCAUGUGACAAUAUGUAGGAAAGGCCAAGUGGACAUCAUAUCAGAUGGUAGAACGGUUGUGCUUGGUGCUACGCCAGGAAGCAACAGAAGAUGCGGUGGUCAGGGUGAUUUGCUGGCUGGUUCAAUGGGGACCUUUGUAUACUGGGCACAUUAUUCUCUUGAAAAAAGUAGAAAUGAAGACAAAAUAAGUGAUUAUAGCUCUACUAUUAUAGCUGCCUAUGCCGCCAGCACCUUAACUCGCACUUGCAGUAACUUGGCGUUCCCUAAACAUGGCAGAAGUAUGACAACAACAGACAUGAUUGAUGAGAUACACUUUGCCUUUGAGAAACUAUUUGGUUCUCCUUGAGGUGACAUUUCUAUGGAUUUAUACUACUGACUAGAGGUAUCUGUGAACAAACAGCUUUCAUACAAUGGAGGUAUUUGUAGAAUGGAGGCUUCUCUAAUAUUGAGAAUGGAAUAUGGAGUAUUCAAUUCAAAACAAUAAUAAUAUACAUAGAGUGUAAACACUAAAACCAUGAAACGUUUUUAAUUAAAUUCUGCAAAAUUGUACUGAAUUCUGCGAAUUCUUUGUUUUUAUUGUCCAAACUACACCAUAUUGCGCUAUUUAGCACGAUUUGGUCAGUACUUAUUCAUGCUUUUAGUGUUUUCACUCUAUUAAUCAAAAUUUAAGGUAUGUGUAAAAUGUCAUUUGUGGUUUUGAUUUUCAACCAAUAAUAUCGCUCUGAUAUCAACGGACCAAUCAGCUGCAACAUUCAGAUCUUGAAUGUAAACACUGACAUGGAAGUGAGAUUUGCUAUCCGUGCCGCCAGAGGCUGGUUUACGGUUCGGCCUUCGGCCUCAAAGGCCGGCGCUCCGCGCCGUAUAUAAACUAUAAGAACGAGUAAAUCCAGCCUCUGGUUCCCAGGGUACAUUGUUGUAUAGGAUUCUAUAAUAUAGAUAUCCUUAUUUUGAAAGGUAUCCAUAAUACACAGGUAUUUUAUUAUAGGUUAUAUGUACUGGUUUCCGUAAUAUUACAUGAUAUAAAGAUCUAUCUCUUUAUUAUAAAUCUGCUGGUACAUUUUCUAGCUACUUUUAAGUUUAAAAACUACUUUAGAAAGACGCCAGUAACAUAGACCCAUAUUUUAGAUUUCCGUAAUAUUGACGCCAUAAACCAAGGUGUGGUCUCACAUUUAAUCAUUUUUAACAAAUAAAAUGCAUAAAAUGCGCAGAGUCAGUUUAAAAAUUAGCUUCAUUUCCAAGUGUUAUUGCAAAUUUCGAUGAAGAAAAAAAUGGUUGAAAUGUUAUUCUGAUAACACCUUCACCRAUGGGAAAAUUUUAGUUGAAAUAAAACAGGUGAGCAUGUAGCUUGAUUAGUGCACAUCCCUCAACAAUGGAAUUUCAUUAUAAUAAAAUACCACACGAGUUUUCAAGGCUAACAUAUUUCAAUGAGCGGCGGCAAAAUCAAUCUAAUCCUUGURUUAAGAUCAAAGAACCGACCAUCUCUCCGUAUAAAUUAAAUCUGACGUGAUUUGUGCUUAGAAUUACUGCUAUGAGUUUGAUUUUCUUUACAUCAGACUCAAUUUAUCAACUUUUUAAUUUAUAAARUACAUGCAAAUGGUAGAAAUUACAGAAUAUAUUUUCAAAUUAUUUUAAUCAAUGAAAAUAUUGGUUAAAUAAGCAAAGAUCCAAAAAGGGGUUAUCAAAUCUAUAUAAAUCGCACUAUAAAGUCUUUAAGUAAAAGGUGCACUAAACAUUGAAUUGAGUUAUUUAAUGACUGAAUUCCUAUUAAAACGUAAGUAAGAUUAUUCGGGACCUGUAACGCUAAAAAUCUAUAGUAGCAUCGUAGAGUACAAUUGUAGGUGCAGAAAGCCAAGCAGCUUGUUUUACGAUGCCUUAAAGUGCAUUAAACUGAAGUAGAURAAAACAGCGUCACUUCAAACACUAGCCGUGGUUAUUGUACUUUGUUUGAAUUACGGUCAAUUAUAGACAUUAUGAUGUUUUAAAAGAAACCACUAAUGAAUUUAAUAGCAGCGUCUACUCAAUUACGGUAAUGUUUUAUGACAUGUGAUAAAAGGUGGUAUAAAUUGCUUGCUCUAAUGUAUGUGUUUUUUGUUCUUGAAUAAAAAAAUCGUUCUUUGUU